GUAUACAAGUGGCUAAUUAUCCUCCAAGUAACGUGCCAUAGCAUAGCUCCAUAACUUCGUAUCCAUGCGAUUUUAUCGAUCCGAAUAGAGCUAUUGCCCUUUAUUAUAGAGUUAACCCCUUUUUCAUACAUUCAUAGACUAUAAAUAUGCUCGCUCCUUCACGUCUAACCGCAACUAUGUAAGACUAAGUACUCUUCUAUAUCGCUAGAGUAAUCAUCCCCUUCCACCCACCAACAUAUCGGCACAUACAUAUCAGCAUAUAAUACAAUUACGCCGUAGCUAUGCGAGCCCUCACAGCUUUACUCGUCGGCCCGGCCGUCACUCUCGCAGCAGCGAUUAUACCGCGCGCUGGGUCCGUCCCAGAAGGUCCCUGGACUGCUGGCGUCUGGAGAAUGCCCGCCGACGACGACUACUUUUUCGCCGGCGACGCCAUCAACGCCAGCGGCGGAAAGUUCUACGUCAACAAGAACACGUCCGCUUAUUGCCCGGGGGACGUAGAGAACCUCGACUGCUCUCUUUAUCCGGGAUCCAAGACGGUAUUCGCAGGCGGCAAUAACACUUUAUUCCUAAACGUCGGGGUUCCGGGCGGACAGCAAGUCUAUAUCGCAGAGGAUGGCUCGCUGUCGUACACUAUACCACAUUCUGGGGCGCUGCCCGAGGGAUCCGUUUCCACCGGCUUCGAGAGACAGCGCAGCGAGUCGUUUGGAGCUCCUGUAGUGUUAGGAAACGCCGGCCAGCCCUGGCUGAUGUGCCCGGUUAGCGAGGGUGAGCCGAGAGAGAGAACGUACCAGAUAUACGUCGGCCGCGGGACUGAGAACUGCUUAAAUACCGGGGUAAGGACUUACACGUCCUCUGGACCGGAUGCCUGGGAAUACGCAUAAUCAACCCAUGGCUAGUGAAUAUUCAGAUUAUGGACAAAGGGUAAAAACCCGUCACUAGGCCAAACUAUCUUGUAGAUAGUCAAAAAGCACGUUCUUCACCUGAUACUAUAUAAAUCAAACGCAUGCAUUUAG